AGGCCGGGCACCCGCAGCCAGCGGUGGCGUUUCGUCGUUUUCUUCUUCUUCUUCGUUCUGCGGUCUGUGUAGAGCUCAAGACGUGAAAAAAUGGCCUUGGCAGCAACUGAUCCACAGCAGAACAUUGUAUCAAGGGUUGUCAACCUUCCUUUGGUGAGCUCCACCUAUGAUAUGGUGUCCACAGCUUAUGUCACCACAAAGGACAACCAUCCUUAUCUCAAGUCAGUAUGUGAGAUAGCAGAGAAGGGAGUGAAGACGAUUACUUCAGUAGCUGUGACAGGUGCUAUGCCUAUCAUCCAGAAACUGGAACCACAAAUUGUACUUGCCAACAACUAUGCAUGUAUAGGUCUGGACAAAAUUGAGGAGAGACUGCCUAUACUGAAUCAACCCACUGACAAGGUUGUUGCCAAUGCCAAGGACGUAGUUGUUGGAGCCAGAGAAGCUGUAACAACCACUGUUACUGGUGCCAAGGAAACUGUUGCUCACACGAUCACUGGAGUUGUGGGCAAGACUAAAGAAGCAAUGCAAGACAGUGUAGAAAUGACCAAGUCAGUUGUCAAUGGCAGCAUUAACACUGUCCUGGGAAGUCGUGUGGUGCAGCUGGUGAGCAGUGGAAUGGACAGCGCUCUCACAAAAUCAGAGACCCUUGUAGACCAGUAUCUCCCACUUACUGAAGCAGAACUAGAGAAAGAAGCUGCAAAAGUUGAAGGUUUUGAAGUUGGAGUUCAGAAGCCAAGCUACUAUGUUAGGCUAGGAUCCCUGUCUUCAAAGGUCCGCACACGUGCCUACCAACAAGCCUUAAACAAAGUUAGAGAUGCUAAACAGAAAAGCCAGGAGGCAAUCUCUCAGCUCCACCACACUGUUAGUCUGAUUGAGUAUGCCAGAAAGAACAUGAAUAGUGCCAAUCAGAAACUUCUUGAUGCUCAGGAAAAGAUUUACCAGUCCUGGGUAGAAUGGAAGAAAAACACAGGCCAAAAUGAUGGUGAUGAACUGCAUAGCACUGAGCACAUUGAAUCAAGAACUCUAGCUAUUGCACGGAGCCUCACUCAGCAGCUUCAAACCACCUGCCUCACACUGGUCUCAAGCCUACAGGGGCUGCCACAGAAUGUUCAGGAUCAGGUUUACAGUGUUGGGUCAAUUGCAGGUGAUGUCUACCAGAGCUUUCGUUCAGCCUCCUCUUUCCAAGAAUUAUCAGACAGCUUUCUUGCCAGUAGCAAAGGACAGCUGAAGAAAAUGAAGGAGUCUCUGGAUGAUGUGAUGGAUUAUCUUGUUAACAACACGCCGCUCACCUGGCUGGUAGGUCCCUUUUACCCCCAACUGCCUGGCAUUCAGCAUGCUGAGAGCAAAGGUGAGGGGGAAAAAAAUUCCAGCCAGAAAGACAAACAGCCUGAACACACUACUGAUUACACUGCAUAGCAUGCAUGUACUCUGCUGACUGACCAAACAAGUGGCCUUAACAAGUGUAGCUGUCAAGAAAGCCUUGGAGAAAAAUCCAGAAACAUAGGGGAGUGAUACAGGGAAAAGACACUUGCACAUGGGUUAUAUUGUCCUGUGUAGUUAAGCCACUCUAAAAACUGUCUAGAGUGCCUAAAUAUUGGCAGCUUACAAUUGUCAAGAUGCCUUGUUUGUCAAGUUAAGAAACCUCACCAUGCUUAUUAAUGGUAUUAAUAUAAUUUGUCUAAAUGAAACCUUGGCAUAGCUACAAAGCAUUUGAUUUGUUCCUUCAUUUGUACCAGAAUAUAAAAGCCUUACUUACCAUGCAAUGCAUUUUAAAGCCCUGCAGUCUAGCUACAUAUGCUUAAAUUCCUUAAUUGCUGCAGAUCACCAAUUUGAUUGUGAAG